GAGGAGGAGGAGGCGGAGGCGGCGGCGAGCGGGAGGGAGGGGGAAGAGCACCAGCAGGAAGGAGGAGAAGAAGAGGAGGAAGGGAAAGGGAAGGAAGCAGAAGAAGAAGAAGCCGGUUAGCUACGUCACAAGCGCCGUCGUGGGAGGAGGGGGGGGGGAGACCUUCGCUGUUGCUGCUGCCGCCGCCGCCUAGACAAGAAGGAAGAGGAGAAGGAAGGAAGGAAGGCCGGCGCGAGAUAGCUAGCCAGGCGCCAGGAGGAAGGCGGCGGGCCUGAGCCGCAGGAGGGGCGGCGGAGGAGGAGGAGGAGGAGGAGGAGGGAGAAGAUGGCGGACGAUCCCAGCGCUGCCGACAGGAACGUGGAGAUCUGGAAGAUCAAGAAGCUCAUCAAGAGCCUGGAGGCGGCGCGAGGCAAUGGCACCAGCAUGAUAUCAUUGAUCAUUCCCCCCAAAGACCAGAUUUCACGAGUGGCAAAAAUGUUAGCUGAUGAAUUUGGUACAGCAUCAAACAUUAAAUCUCGAGUGAAUCGCCUUUCAGUCCUUGGCGCCAUUACAUCUGUACAACAAAGGCUAAAACUUUAUAACAAAGUACCUCCAAAUGGUCUGGUUGUUUACUGUGGGACAAUUGUGACAGAAGAAGGAAAAGAGAAGAAAGUGAACAUUGAUUUUGAACCUUUCAAACCGAUAAAUACAUCAUUGUAUUUGUGUGAUAAUAAAUUCCAUACAGAGGCCCUUACUGCAUUACUGUCAGAUGACAGCAAGUUUGGCUUUAUUGUAAUAGAUGGUAGCGGUGCACUCUUUGGAACUCUUCAAGGAAAUACCAGAGAGGUGCUGCACAAGUUCACAGUGGAUCUCCCAAAGAAACAUGGAAGAGGAGGUCAGUCUGCCUUGCGUUUUGCUCGUUUGAGAAUGGAGAAGCGGCACAACUAUGUAAGAAAAGUAGCAGAAACUGCUGUACAGCUAUUUGUUUCUGGCGACAAAGUGAACGUGGCUGGUCUUGUGUUAGCUGGAUCAGCUGACUUCAAAACUGAACUAAGUCAGUCAGACAUGUUUGAUCAGCGGUUGCAAUCCAAAGUACUAAAGCUAGUUGACAUCUCCUAUGGUGGUGAAAAUGGAUUUAACCAAGCAAUUGAAUUGUCCACUGAGGUCCUUUCUAAUGUGAAAUUCAUUCAAGAAAAGAAACUAAUAGGCCGAUACUUUGAUGAAAUCAGUCAGGACACAGGAAAGUACUGUUUUGGUGUUGAAGACACUCUAAAGGCCUUAGAAAUGGGAGCAGUAGAGAUCCUGAUAGUUUACGAGAACCUGGAUAUAAUGAGAUAUGUUCUCCAUUGCCAAGGCACAGAAGAGGAGAAGAUUCUCUAUUUGACACCAGAACAAGAAAAAGAUAAAUCCCACUUCACAGAUAAAGAGACUGGACAGGAACACGAACUUAUAGAAAGUAUGCCUCUGCUUGAGUGGUUUGCUAACAACUACAAGAAGUUUGGAGCCACAUUGGAAAUUGUGACAGACAAGUCACAGGAAGGAUCCCAGUUUGUGAAAGGAUUUGGAGGAAUUGGAGGUAUCUUGAGGUACCGAGUGGACUUCCAGGGAAUGGAAUACCAAGGAGGAGAUGAUGAAUUUUUUGACCUUGAUGACUACUAGGUAGUCGACCUGGGUCUGGCAAAAUGUGCCUCACCCCUCCAGCAUCCAACCCAAGGAGAAGACUCACAAUGGAAAACAAAACAGAUCCCUGCCUUAGAAUUGGAGUAUUUCCAGAACUUUAUCCAGAACACCAGGUUUAAAAAAAGAAGAAAGAAAGAAAGAAGCAAACCCUACUGAUUUGUCAUAGUGUCAGUACAGCAGCAAUCUACUGAGUUUCUAUAAUGCCAUUUUGGACUAAUUUAAAAAAGAAAAAAAAAUCCCAGUUUUUACUUUUACUCAAUGGUAAAAUUGGUUGCUCUUGUAUUUUAUGAAAAUGAUUUUUUUAACCUUCAUGCUACAUUAACUGCUGUCAACCUUCAUUUGGAAAAAAUUAAUAGAAAUAUUAUACUGGUUUGUUUCUUAUUUUGAUCGGAGGCAAUUUAUUGCUGCGUUUUGCAGUGACAUGACCCAUUUACAUGGCGUUCUUGGCUUAGACUGCAGAAGAAGAACCUUAGGGAGAUAUUGUUCCCAUUGUUCUCAGUCUACAGUGGUGGAAAUUAAAAGGAAUUGAACUUUAUGGCAUGCCAUCUGGAAAGGUGUGACUUGCAAAUUCAGACAGUCUGGGAAGUCCACCAUUUCAUUCUUAGACUGCAAAAGCACUGCUUGUAUCAAUCAGGAAGUAUGUAUCAUUAAUGGCAAUCAAAAUGCCAGGGUCUCAGCAAGCUUGAUUGGGAUAAUGAGUUGUGUGGCCUUCACUCUUCCCUCUUGUCAGUCAAUAAACAGUUUCCACAAGCAAGCUAAUAUUA